AUGAAGGUUCCCCUUCUCACUUUAGCGGCGGGCUUGGCCAAUGCCGCCUCGAUCGCCGUCACUCCGCGCGCCUUCCCGAACGCUCCCGAUGGGUACAGUCCCGCUAAUGUUUCCUGUCCAUCGACCCGCCCCAGUAUCCGUGGCGCCGCCAAACUGUCCACCCCCGAACAGGAGUGGUUGCAGGUUCGUCGGAAUGAGACCCUUCAGCCCAUGAAGGAUCUGCUAGGCCGUCUCAAUCUGAGCUCCUUUGACGCCCGGCUUACAUUGACCGCCAUAAAAACAAUGCAUCUAACAUUCCUAACCCGUACAUCUAAUUCCACUGCCCGGGGACAGCUUGGAGGUCUGCUGCAGUCAGCCACAUAUCUGUCGGGCCUGAGCGGUGGUGGGUGGCUCGUAGGUUCAGUGUACAUCAACAACUUCACCACGAUUGGCGAACUGCAAGCGAGCGACAAGGUCUGGGAGUUCAAGAACUCCAUUCUCGAAGGCCCCGAUGUGAAGCAUUUUCAACUGAUCAACACGGCCGCCUACUGGAAGGACCUGGCCGAUGCCGUGAAGAGUAAGAAAAAGGCCGGGUAUAACACCUCGCUAACCGACUACUGGGGCCGCGCACUCUCCUAUCAGUUUAUUAAUGCGACCACCGAUGACGGUGGCCCCAGUUACACCUGGUCGUCCAUUGCCCAGACCGACGACUUCAAGAAUGGACGCAUGCCCAUGCCUAUUCUCGUUGCCGAUGGACGGAAUCCUGGCGAAGUACUGAUUGGAAGCAAUUCCACGGUAUAUGAGUUCAACCCAUGGGAGUUUGGCUCCUUCGACCCGUCCGUCUUUGGCUUUGCCCCCUUGGAGUAUCUCGGAUCUCGAUUCGAGAACGGCCAACUGCCCAAAGACGAAAAAUGUGUGCGCGGCUUUGACAAUGCCGGCUUCGUCAUGGGCACGAGCUCGUCUCUCUUCAACCAAUUUAUCUUGCGACUCAAUGGCACCGAUAUCCCCGAUUUCCUCAAGGAGGGAAUUGCCGACGUCCUGGAGAAGCUCGGCGAGAAGGAUGACGAUAUCGCCAUCUAUUCGCCUAACCCCUUCUAUCGGUACCGGAAUUCCACGGCGGCGUAUUCGUCCACCCCAGAGUUGGACGUGGUUGACGGAGGUGAAGACGGACAGAACGUGCCUCUGCACCCGCUGAUCCAACCCACGCGCAAUGUGGAUGUCAUCUUCGCCGUGGACUCGUCGGCUGAUACGAGUAACAGCUGGCCCAAUGGAAGCUCUCUGAUCAAGACCUAUGAGCGUAGCUUGAACACCACGGGUCAGGCCAACGGGACUUCCUUCCCCGCCGUGCCCGACAUCAACACCUUCCUCAAUCUCGGCCUGAACAAGCGCCCGACCUUCUUUGGAUGCAAUUCGUCCAACACCAGCUCCCCGACCCCGUUGGUCGUCUACUUGCCCAAUGCCCCUUACACCGCUAAAUCGAACACCUCGACCUUCCAGCUCUCGUAUAAGAACGAGGAGCGAGAUAAUAUCAUCCUGAACGGCUACAACGUCGUGACCCAGGGCAAUUCCAGUGUGGACGCGAACUGGCCAUCGUGUGUGGGAUGUGCCAUCCUCCAACGGUCCACCGAGAGGACGAAUACUAAGCUCCCCGAUAUCUGCAAUACCUGCUUUAAGAACUACUGCUGGGAUGGCAAGACGAACACCACCAAACCGGCGGACUAUGAGCCGGAGAUGCUGAUGACAACGUCGGGUGCGGCGAAGGACCAGCUGAACCGCACGGCUGCCGUCAUCGCGUUCGCCGUUAUGUUUUUUAUGACAAUUUAAGUACAUGUAACACUCUUUAUACUACUUUGAUUUAUCCCCGUCAUUUUUGCACUGCCAUUUCACUCACUGUCUUCAAUAUUCCCCGACUGCAAUCUGUUUCUUGAUGGCACAUGUCAACCCACAAUGUGGCCUAGAUGCAUGACUUGGCGAAUACUGGCUAAAAAUCUUUAUAUUUUUAUUUAUUUCCUAUUUCUUUCUUUCUUCUUUCUGGAAAUAUCUAUAACGUUGGGAUAUGAGAGCGAGCCUGGA